AUUAUCACCUCUCAGCCGAUAUGAAAAUCGGGCAGUUCAAGUAAUCUGAAGUAUACUCUUCUCUAGUAAAUCAUUUAAUUAACAUUAUUCGGGAAUUAAGAAGUUAGAAUAAGCAAGUAGGAUACAUAAUAUAUUUGAACGCCCAUUUUCUAGUGUCCGAAGUGACGUGCUCUACUUUCACAGCAUCCUGUAAUUGUGAUGUGUUCGUUCUGAAACAAAAUUCCUCAAAAUGUUUAAAGAUAUCUUAAAAGACUUGAAAACCCUUCUUAAACCCUAUUAUUGGGUAAAUAUUAUACUCAGUUUAUCUUACAUUUGUGCCAAGAAAUUUCCUUUGAUCUGCAACUUUACUUUCCCUCAUUCUGAUUCAAGAUGCGAACUGGAUUCGAAAGAGGGAGAAAUUUUGCUUUUCUUGGCGAUAGUCGUAAUGAUACGUACACGUAGGGCUGGUAGUGUGUCCAUGAUAAACUAUUUAUCCCUGAGUUUUAUGUACACAAAAGCAGUGAACACGGUUUUGUGGUUUUAUGCAGAUUUUCGACUGGGCAUACUGUUUGUCGUUCUUUUCAUUUUGGUUGCAGUCUUCUUGCCUGAACCAACUUACUCUGGGCCUGACUAUGUGAAUUAUUUCCGUGCAUUGCACAAUUUAGAGGAAGAAUUGGAAAGAGACAAACAAGUUACGUGGUUAAUUUGCUUCUACACUGCAUGGAAUCCUUCUUGUGUUAAUUUUGCGCCGAUAUUUGCUCAGUUAUCAUCGCAGUAUUGUUUGGAAAAUUUGAAGUUUGGCAAAAUUGACAUCGGCCGAUAUCCGGAUGCUGCAAAGAAAUUUAACAUCAAUGAUUCAUCACUUAGUACGCAGUUGCCAACUUUGAUAUUAUUCAAAGAAGGGAAAGAAGUCAUCAGGCGGCCUGCAUAUGACACGAAAGGAAAAAUUCAGAAAUUCUUUUUCACUGAAGACAAUGUGAAGGCGUCUUAUGAUUUGAACAACUUGUAUGAAGAAUGCAAGAAAGUUUUGAGUACGAAGAAAGUGAAAGCCGGUACUACAUCUGACUCCAAAAACAAAAAAGAUUAAGUAUGUCAUUCCUUCAGGCCUGUCGCAAGGGCCUGUACCUAAUGUGGGGGCCCAAGUAGUACGAAAUUGUAUACGUUGCUGAAAUUCCCCACAUCUCCCCCUCUCUCUCUACUGGGAAAAAUGAAUCAAAUAUACUCAUGGAAAAUCCCUCUUCUCUCCUGAAACAGUUAUACAUGUUCAGGAUUCCCUGCUUAUUUUUUUUCGGCGUCUUUGCAUGCUUAGAAAGGAAGGAAGAAAAGAAAGAGAUAGAGUAUGGAAGUGCCUACUCACACUCUACAUAUCAUGAGAUUUACCUUUUUCAAGUUAUUAUCAAAAUGGCGAAUGUUGGAAAAACUGGCAACUGGAGUGAAAGUGCUAUGCAUACUCAUGGAAUUUAUUUCCUAGUUUUUUAGUAUAAUUUUGGGAAGUAUAUUCACAGGGUGUCUACAAGUCCUGAAAUAGUACUGAUUUUUUAAAGGCGGUCUGGAAGUACUGUAAAAGUGCGGAAAUUCCGUUAAAAGGUCUGGAAUUUUAUCAUUUUUUUGUCGUUUCUGUUGUAAUUUUAGCGAGAAACUUAUAUUUUUUAAAAUUUGUCGAAUUUUGUCAAUUGGCGGUAUGUACUGAAAAAGCACUGAAUUUUUCCGCUGAAGAGGUACUGAAUUCCUUGGGAAUGUACUGAAAAAGCACUGUAAAAUUACUGAUGUCUGGCUAACCUGUUUUAGUAGACACCCUGAUUCAGAACCCUCUUAGGAUUUGGUAAAGGGGACAGAGAUAAUUGC